ACGACGGAGCAGCAGCUUUUCUCACGGCUUCAACAGUGACGUCGGUCAUCUUGGUUGCCAUAGUAACCACAGUCAACACUGAGAUUUGUUGGAGACUCAUACAGACAUCUGAAGUUGCUGCUGGUGCCGGCUCCGAGAGGUUCGGUAGAGCCUGAUGAUCCUUGACGGAGUUCCUGCAGAGUCCGAUGCAUUCAGAGUUGGAGGAAGAGCGCCCCCCAGUGGACGGUCAUGCUGCUGCCAUCUCGACAUCAUUCAGGCUCCUGGAGCAGCUCCUGUUGUCGGAGAAGAUCUCACCAUCUGCAAUGGCAACACUGAAGAGCAAGUUGACUUUUCUCUGCGACUCACUAAGGAGGUCCCAGGAUUCUGAGGUCCGACUUCUACAGGAGGCACAGCGGCUGCACUCUGAGGUGAGGAACGUCCAGGAGGAGCUGGAGGGUCUGGAGGAGCAGACCGAGACUGAAGCAGACCAUCUCAGGCGCCAGCUGCUCGACGCUCACAACCAAUUGAGAGCCGCUGAGGACCAAGAACAGCAGAACCGGGUCCAGAUACUCUGUCUUCAGGAGGAGAAGAAGUGGCUGCUGGAUGGGAGCCUGAGAGAGUGCGAUCCUACUCGAACCAGCAACCUGCAGGAGCAGAAUCAGCUUCUGAGGGAGGAUGUGGCACUGAGCCGGGCGGAAUUCAGGCGUCUGACUGAAGAGCUUCUUUGUUGUGAGACAGAAAUUCAGAAGGAGCAGACGCUCCUGGAGGAAGUGAAGCAGCAGGAAUGUGUGUCCCUCCUAAACAGUCCGAAGCAAAUUGUGGAGAAGGACUAUGGUUCAGAAAGAAGAGAAGCUGCAGUGAGAGAGAUAAAGGUUCUGGACCAGCAGAUCGGUGGACUGGAGCAGCAGCUGAAAAAGCUGCAGGAUGUCAGUGUGUCCCUCAAGUCAAGGAGGACAGAGGCCCAGGAGCAGUUGAAGGAACUGCUGGCUCAGGUGGAGGUUGGAGAGAGGAGGUGCAGGUGUCUGGAGAAGGAGAUUCAGCGGCAGCAGGAAGAGGAGGCGGAGCUCACGGGCAACAGGGGGAUCCUGGAACUGAAGCUCUGCGGCUCUGCGGCUGAUCGCCGCCUCUUGCAGGAGCGUCUUUGUCUGCUGCGGAAGGAGAAGAGCAGGCUCAGGGAAGCUCUGAAGACGGUGGAGCGGUCAGUGAUGAUCUCGAGCGAGCAGCUGCAGCAGACGCUGUCACACACUGGAAGGCUGCAGGAUCAGUUGGACCUGCUGCGGAGGUGCCCAACUGCCAUCCAUCAGAGGGCACAGCUUCAGAGAGAGGUGGACGCCUUGGUUAUGCAGUUGGCCAAGCAGGUUCGGAGGUGUGGUGAUCAGAGCCUGGAGUCACAAGAGCAGCUGGAAGCUCAGGUGAUGCUGAACAGGUCUGAUCGCCUCCGUGAAGAAAUCCAACACCUCACAAGCCUGAGACACCUCAGAGCUGAGGAGAGGAACCUGAAGCACCGUGAGCUCCUCAGGGUCCAGGGAACUUUGAGAAAUCUGGAUAUGGAACUGGGAGGGAAAGACCAGACGAUCCAAGAUCAGAAGAAACUUGACUCGUGUCUGCGGAGAAGGAGCUCUGAGUAUGGGAAGCUGUGCGAGCUGAUGGACGCUGAAAGGAACAAGCUUGUGGACCUGAAGCUGGUCGCAGCUCACAGCACUACCCAGCUGACACAGCAGCUGGGACUCCUGGAGCACCAGGUGGAGAUCCAGCGCAGCAUUUUGGACAACAAAGAGAGCUUGCACUGCAAAGCUCAGAUGAAGAUAAGCAAUAACAGCAAGACCAGAGAACACCUCCAGAACCUCCUGUCACAGACCACGUGGAAGCUCCAGCAUCUCACUCAGAUGUUUGAGGACCACAGAGCGGAGGUGCGAGGUCUGAGGCGGAGCGUGGAGCUGCAGGAGAGAGUCCUACUGGACCUCAGCAAGAACCAGGAGGUGUCGGUGCAGCGGAGGAACACUCUAGGAGUCCAGCUACUGGAGCAGGAGGAGGUGGUGGCCAGCUGCUACGAGAGGCUGAAGAUCCAGGAGGAGGCUGUGAUGAAGGGCAGCUUAAGCCUGGAGCUGCUGGAGAAGGAAAGCAGAGAGUUGCGGCCUGUCCUGGAUGACGAGAGGAGACAAGUGGAGCUGAAGGAGAAGGAGGUGCCGCUCUCCAGGAGGCUGGAGGAGGAGAUCACCCUGCUGCAGAUCCAGCUGUUGGAGGCUCGGGCAGAGACUCUACAGGCUGUUGAUCAAACAUCUGAGUACAAGGAAGUGAAUGGAAGCGACCAUUCAACCCCAGAGUUGAUCAGGAAGGUGGAGCAGCUGGAGCGGAGUCUGACAAGGAGAGAGCGACACCUACUGGAGAAACGACUUUUGGUGGAGCAGGUGACGAGGUUGACGACUCCCCUUGCAGGACAGGUGGAGAAGUGCAAGCAGGAGCGCCUGGGUCUGGCUCAGAAGCUCAACGAACUCCGUAGCGGCUUGCUGUCAUCGUCUGAUCGCCUGAUGUCCGUGUCAGCGCAACUCUCCAUGAAGCAAGCAGCCCUGUUUUCACUGCAGCAGGAGAUCCGAGAGAAGGAGGUGCAGUUGGACACCUGCCGGUGCCGGCUGGACCGAGGCCUUCCUCCCUGUCCUGAGGUGGAAGAAGAGUGGAGGAAGAUGCUGCGAGACAGGAGGAGGAGACUGAGAGACAAAGAGGAGCAACAGAAGAGGGCCCAACAGAACCAGUGGUACCAGCUACCCAGUGGAGAGCGGACCACUGCAGAACCUCGACCCAAUGCAUAUAUACCCCAGACUGAGGGGCUGCCGCUGCCCCGACCCUACGGUGCCCUGGCACCGGUCAAGCCCUGGCAGCCCACAGCAGCCGCCAGACACUCCCCCCCCCCCACCUAAUGCAUGACAUCUGACAUCAUCAGGUCAACAACAACACUGUGUUUUUCAUGGAGUAGGCUUGGCUCUGAGCCGAGUAUCUUAAGGAGCCUAUGGUGGAGAGAGUUCUCACUCAGCUCAAGAACACAUGUCAGUACCUCAACAUGUCAGCGGUGAAUCCAUCCACAGCCUAUGAACCGUCAUACAACUAGCUACACUUAUAGUCCACAGCAGUCUAUUGAAGAGAAUUGGCUCCCUGGAUAAGUACGGUCCCUUUAUUUUGACGCACAUGUGCAGACAGACACACACAGAUGCACACUGAGACACACCACAGAUCCUGUGGAGAACACUGGGAACAUAGUCAACCUGAGAGGUGCGGUGUCAUUGUCCGUUUUUUGAGUUCAAUUUGAAAUGAAGU